AUGGCCACCACCGGCGUGGCUCUCACGCCUACGCCUGCUCUGGCGGCCGUUCCUCCCCCUGUGAGCCUGGCGCCCGCGCUGGCCGCUAGGCCUUCCGUCGCUCCCUCGCCCGGACCUGGGACUCCGGGCUCGGUGACCUCGAAAGAGUGGGUGAUCCCGCCGCGCCCGAAGCCUGGUCGCAAGCCAGCGACCGAUACGCCACCUACCAAGCGCAAGGCGCAGAACCGCGCUGCCCAGCGAGCUUUUCGUGAGCGCCGGGCAGCCCGGGUCCAGGAACUUGAGGAGCAAAUGAAGGAAAUCGAGGACAGCCAUGACAUCCGCGUGGCCGGCCUGAACGAGCAAAUUAGCAACCUCUCCCGCGAGGUUGAGCAGUGUCAUGAGGAGAUGAGCUGGUGGCGUGACCGAUGCCACUCCCUGGAAAAGGAAGUGUCAAUUGAACGCAGUGCGAAGGAGGCCAUCGUCAAGGAAUUCCGGACUUCGUUCUCUGGAUCUAGCAGCCACAAGUCACCCGAAAUCCCGGACUCAGUUCCUCUGCCUCCUCGCACACGUCCCUCAACCCGAAGCUCCCGCAUGGAAGAUGUGGUUUCCACCUGUGCCGACCGUAACAAGGAAGACGGCCAGCAGAAUGUGCCUCUCGGCUGCAACAACUGCUCGCAAACCCACUGCCAGUGCAUCGAAGAUGCAUUUGGCAUGCAGAUUGAUACGCAUGAAUCAUCUCGUGCUAGGCAUCCUCCUCACGGCGUCGGAAGCCCUGAACGUGACCACGCCGAGCCCAAAAUCAAGCCGGACCCCGAGGAGAUGGAAAUCGACUUUACAUCUCGCUUCGCCGGUGUGCCCGCCCAAUCUAGCACAUCUAGCUCUAAUAGCAAUAUCAACAACAACAACAACAACAACAACGAAGCCUCCUCGCCCCCCGUCGACCCCUGUGGAUUCUGCCAGGAUGGCACACCCUGCAUAUGUGCCGAGAUGGCCGCGCAAGAGCAACAGCGCGGCCGCCGCAACUCCUUCGAGAACCCACGCCUCGCACCCAUCCAGUCCAUCUCUCAAUUUACUCCGCCUCCGUCUGAUGGCGACGUCCGUUCCGAAGUGACUCUGCCGCCUAUCAGCCAAGCUACCAACCCCUGUGCCAAUGGACCCGGCACCUGCGCCCAAUGCCAAGCUGAUCCUCGAAGCACCCUUUUUGCAAGACGCUGGCAGCCUCCCGGUCAGCGAGCGGAACUCCAGCGGGAGGAGGCUGCUGCGGCGGCGGCGGCAAGGGAGCCGACGGCGGAUGCUGCAUCCAAGCCCUCUACGCCCAAUGCACUCACCCUGAGCUGCGCCGACGCCUUCACCACCCUCUCGCGUCACCCGAACUUCUCCCGUGCCAGCGACGAGAUCUCUGCCUGGCUUCCGAAGUUGCACACUCUGCCCAACCCGCGUGAUCUCGCACUGGCCGAGAGCCGUGGCGGCCGGGCCGCCAUGGAAGUUGAAGCGGCCAGUGUCAUGGGCGUGCUGCGCUACUUCGAUCGCCGCUUCGCGGAAAAAUAA